AUGGUGGUGGCGGCGAGGGUGGUGGCGAAGAUGGCGGUGGCGACGGCGGUGGAGACGGUGGCGGUGGCGACGGAGGCGGCGAGGGCGGUGGCGGUGAGGGGGGUGGCGAGGGCGGCGGUGGAGACGGAGGCAGGGAUGGAGGCGGCGGGCUUGGAGGCGGCGAGGGCGGUGGCGGCGAGGGCGGUGGUGACGGUGGCGGCAAGGGCGGUGGCGAGGGUGGUGGCGGCGAGGGCGGUGGCGAUGGUGGUGGCGGUGAUGGCGGUGGUGAGGGUGGCGGCGGAGAUGGCGGUGGCGAGGGUGACGGACUCGGGCGGAGCAGAGGGCGGCAGUGGGGGCGAGGGUGGCGGUGGCGAGGGUGGUGGUGAGGGUGGCGGCGGUGAGGGAGGUGGCGAGGGCGGCGGUGGAGACGGUGGCGGAGAUGGAGGCGGCGGGCUAGGAGGUGGCGAGGGUGGAGGCGGCCAGGGCGGUGGUGGGCUGGGCGGCGGCGACGGCGGUGGCGGUGAGGGAGGUGGCAACGGCAGCGGUGGUGAGGGAGGCGGCGACGGUGGCGGAGGUGAGGGUGGCGGUAAAGGUGGUGGCGAGGGUGGUGGUGACGGUGGCGGCAAGGGCGGUGGCGAGGGCGGUGACGGCGAUGGCGGUGGUGAGGGUGGCGGCGGCGAUGGCGGCGGAGACGGUGGCGAGGCGGACGGAGGUGGCGGCGACGGUGAGGCGGACGGCGGCGGCGGCGAGGGCGAGGCGGAGGGAGGCGCCGGCGAUGGUGAGGCGGAAGGCGGCGGCGAGGGCGACGCGGACGGCGGCGGCGGCGACGGCGAUGCCGAGGGAGGCGGCGGCGAUGGCGAGGUGGAGGGAGGCGGUGGCGAGGGCGAGGCGGACGGCGGUGGCGGCGACGGCGAUGCUGAGGGCGGCGGGGGCGACGGCGAUGCUGAGGGCGGCGGUGGCGACGGCGAUGCCGAGGGAGGCGGCGGCGACGGCGAGGCGGACGGAGGCGGCGGCGAUGGUGAGGCGGAGGGAGGCGGCGGCGAUGGUGAGGCGGAAGGAGGCGGCGGCGAGGGCGACGCGGAGGGCGGCGGCGGCGACGGCGAGGCGGAGGGAGGGGGCGGUGACGGUGAGGUGGACGGCGGCGGCGGCGAGGGUGAGGCGGACGGAGCCGGUGGUGACGGUGAGGCGGAGGGAGGCGGCGGCGAGGGCGACGCGGAGGGAGGCGGCGGCGACGGCGAUGUCGAGGGAGGCGGCGGCGAGGGCGACACGAACGGAGGCGGCGGCGAUGGCGAGGCGGACGGAGGCG